AUGACUACUGACCGACUAAAACCAUCCACAAAACCGCAACCCUCAGAACCUCGAAACCACCACCAUUUCGACCCCUGGCAGUCAGCCUCAACAGGACACCAGCGCGCAGCUGAAGCCGGCGGUUUCCUCGGGUCAACGUCAUGGCGAGAUGCGCGCUCUGCGAAAUUGACCAGACAGUAUCAAAGUGGGGAUUGUCUUCCGGGGCGGGGAAAGGUAUUCGGACAGGGAGUGUGGAACACAGCACCACGGGACUCGACGCUUGUACCUGGCGCGUUUGAUGGGAAAUGCGCGCAGUCACCACCGGCGCCUAAAGCUUCCGGUGAAUGGGCUAUGGUUGCUGGGGAUGUGGCUAAGCGGACUGAACUCGGUGUUCGGGAUAUCCGGUCGUUUAUGGGUGUUAGCAAGCGGAAGGCUGUAGAUGACAUAAAGGUGGAGACGAAGAAGCCUCGGACUAUUAUUGGAGGGGAGCGGAGUCAGAGUCCAACUCCGAAUACAAAGGAAAAAGAAACGGAAAAAGAAAAGUUUCGAAUAGAAGACAUUCCCCAACCCGAGGCCCGCUCUGGCGCAAGCCUUGAUCUGAAAUCGACUUCGCAUAUCUUCGCCGGUGUUACAAUCUUCAUCAAUGGCUCCACUCUCCCCCAAAUCUCGGAGUAUAAGCUGAAACACCUACUCGCGUCGAACGGGGCGAAGACUUCUAUCUACAUGGCCCGGAAGACGGUGACGCAUGUUCUCGUCGGACAACCCAAUACCGGGACCGGGAGUGGAGCAGCUGUGUCUGGUGCAGGAGGGGGUCUUGCUGCGAGUAAGCUCCAGCAGGAAAUUGCCCGUGGGGGGUGGAAAAGUGUGAAGGUUGUUAGUGUGGACUGGGCUCUCGAGAGCAUCAAAGCUGGGUGCCGUCUUGCGGAGUCCCGGUUCCCUGGUAUGCAUGUUGCGGCCAAGGGGCAGAGGAGUGUUGCUGGGAUGUUUGGCGUGCAGGGGAAGAAGUGA